AAGCUACUAUUAUUUUCACUCGAAUAUAUCAGAACUAGAACCCUCUUUCCCUUUGUAUCACUUCACUUCUAUAUAAUGCAUUCAAAUCACACACCAAAUCCCAUCGUGGAUAUAUAUAUAAUAGAAGCUUGAAAUCUUUCUUUUUAGAUUUUGUGGUGUUAAAAUCUUAUUUGUUCAUAGUUUUUUGCAGCAGGCAACAUGUCGCUCACAAUUCCUAGCCUUCUCAGUGGCCCAAGAACCGACAUCUUCGAUCCAUUUUCAGUAUGGGAUCUUUCAGAUGAAUUCUUCAACUCUGCAUUGGCAAACACUAUGUCAUCAUCAUCUUCAGUACGCGAAGCUUCGGCCAUUGCCAACGCAAGGGUAGAUUGGAAGGAAACACCCGAAGCUCACGUGUUCAAAGCAGACCUUCCAGGGCUGAAGAAAGAGGAGGUUAAAGUGGAGGUUGAAGAAGGGAGGGUUCUUCAGAUAAGUGGGGAGAGAAGCAAAGAGCAAGAAGAGAAGAACGAUAAGUGGCACCGCGUUGAGAGGAGCAGUGGGAAGUUCUUGAGGAGGUUUAGGUUGCCUGAGAAUGCUAAGAUGGAACAAGUUAAGGCUAGCAUGGAAAAUGGUCUCCUCACUGUGACAGUCCCCAAGGUUGAAGACAAGAAACCUGAAGUUAAGGCCAUUGAGAUUUCAGGCUAAACUACAUGGAACUCAAUUAUGAAAAAGCAAUAAGUUCAUGGUGUUGGUUUAUUUCUGUUUGUGUGUGCCAAGAUCUUUUCCAAUAAUGUUUUGCUUAUGAGUUUUCGAAGUUGAAGCAGAUGAAAAUUGGCUUCAAAAUCUUUUCUUUUUUUCCUGUCUUAAAAAAGAAUCAAACAUGAAUCUUGACAAAGAAAUGUGUAUCUCUGCAAUAAAUAAAUACUUUAUGGUACAAUAA